CUGCCCGGCGGCCGGCUGGCCUGGGCGGCCAACGGCGCCGCGCUCGAGGUGCUCUGCUGCCGGACGGGCGCGCGCCGCGCCGCCUGGACGUUCGGUGCGCACUGCUCGGACGGCGCUCCGCCGCAGGUGACUGCCGUCUGCUCCGUGGCCGAGGCGGUCGGUCCGGCCGCUGCCCACCUGCUCGCCGUCGGUCUCGACUGCGGCGGCCGCUCCGACUCGGCCGGCGCUACCGGCGGCGGUAUGGUGUGCGUGUUCGACCUGUCGGCGGCGGCAGUGGUGCGCGCCGUCCGACUGCCCCACCAGGUGACGGCUCUGCACGUGCUGCGCGCGCCGACCGACUCGGUCGACCUGUGUCCGCCGCUACAGGCCAUGGGCGUGCUGGCCGCCGUCGGCACACAGGCCGGCUUCGUGCUGCUGCUCGACCUCUGCCUGGACGGGCCAGUGGACACAGACGAACGCAGCCCUGGCGUGCCCACUUACGUCACUGUACUGGAGCCGGCGGCGGCGCAGCGGCGCCACGAGCAGGCGGCGCUCGGCAACCACCUGUGUCUACCGCUCAACGACGCAGCCGUGGAGGGCGGUAUGUACCAGCACCGGUCAGCGGCGGGCCGGCUCGAGCACGCCCAGCCUGCCGACGACACCUGGGUCUCGACCGUUCACUGGCUGCCCCAGCUGCGAAGCCUGGUCGUCGGUCUCAGCUUCGGAUGCUUCCAGGUGUGGAGUCUGGAGACACUUCAGUUGGAGUUCGCCAGUCGGUACGAGGCCGGCCAGCUGCCAGUGGUCGGCUGCGUCUUCCUGGAACCCGAGAACGACCCGCGCCGCUUCGUCUACCUGUGGGUCAUCAACAGCGUGCCGGCCUACCACGACAUGAACGGCUCUGUGGCCUCGGCGGCGCUGUACGCGCUACUCUACACAGAGCGGUCCUGGGAGGAAGGCAUACCCGUCUACCGCGGCCUGCAGCAGGCAGGUCGGAAGCUGGUGUACGAUCUGACCACCACGCCCGAGCAGCCGGACGCCGGCCGUGUGUCGGCCAGCUGCCUGCUGUCGGCCUUCGCGCUGCCGGCUGCCGGCCUGGAGAGCAGCGGUGGCGGAGACGACAGCCUGGCGCCGCGAGACGGCACCUGCUGCGCGCUGGCCUGGGAGGCGUGGACUGAGGACGGCGCCUCAGCCUGCACCUGUCUGGCGCUGUUCGACCUGAACCGCUGGUACCAGGCGCAGCUACCGCACCGCGUGGACGCGGCCGGCCUCGAGCGCUGCGAGUACCUGCGCUUCUUCUCGCUGGACGCCAGUGACGGUAUCGUGAUGGGCGUGUCGGUGCGCGCCGCCGAGCCGCGCUCGGGUCUGCUGACGGCCACCCUCCUGCUGGACGUGGGCGUGCAGACCAUGUCGUUCUGCGGACCGCAGGAGCAGCUGCUGCGUGCCCUGCAGGCCACUGGAGGCGCCCAGCUGUCACAGCCCCUGCAGGCGUACGAGGCGGCGCGCCGGCUUGGCCUGGUGUCCGCCGGUGCCGUCUCUCCGGCCGAACAGCGCGAGGCGCUGCUUACUCUGGCGCUAGAGCGCGGCUUCAGCUCGCUGUUGGCGUCGUGCGCGACACGCUGGUCAUCAGGAGACUCCGACCCGGGCGGCUGCACGCUGCGCGCGCUACUCAACUGGCUGUGGCAGCACGCCGUCGAGGUGGUAUCUCGCAUCGACGCAUCGUGUGUACCGCUGUUUGACAUGAGCGCCGGGAAUCUCUCUGACGAAGAUCUGGCCAUCCUACACGGACUGCGCGCUCAGUUGGACGGUAUGGUCACAGUUCUAGACACUAUGGCCGCCAGAACUCCAAACACUGACGGCGGCCGCGCCGAGCUCGAGUCCAAGAGCUACGUGCUGCGUGUGCGUAGUCUGCACACGGGUGUGAUCCUGUGGCUGUGUCACGCCGGCCUGCUGCCAGAACAGGCUGACGAGGAGGCCGGCGAGUCAGUCGAGUUCGCGUACCCGGGCGCGGCGCUAGCGCAGUGGUACGCCGAGCGGCGCAGACAGCUGGGACGCCGCCUGCUCAUGGUGGACGGCCUGGUGGAGGAGCUGGGUGAGCCGCUGCGCGCCUACUGGCAGGAGGACGGCGACGGCGCGUACCCGCCGCGCUCGCUGCAGGCGCUGACCCGUGCCUACCUGCUGGACGGGGUGACGGACGUGCGUAAACACCGCCUGCUGCACUAUCUGCUGCUCGACCUCAGCCGACUCGUCUCCGACGAACACCACGACACGCUCAAGUCGUUCCCCUCCAGCUUCGCCAUGCCGCCCAGCCUGAUCAAGCUGACGCACGCCUUCUGGCACCUGGAUCACGGCAAUGUGGACUCUGCUCUGGUGUUCCUGAUGGACCCGCUGGUCCGGCCGGCGGAUCUCAGCGCCUGGCAGCACCGGCGCGUGGUAGAGUCGCUGUUGGCGCAGCAGGCGCCGCGCGCUGCCCUGCAGUACGCCCGGGCGCGCCACCUCCCGGCGCCGCACGCCGCCGAUCUGCGGCUCCACCUGCGCGUGCUGCUGGAUAACGGUCUGGUGACUGAGGCGCUGCGCUAUGAGCGCCGCCACCGUCCUCUGGGAGGCGACGAGCUCACUGGAUGGCUCCUGGAGGGCUGCAAGCAGCGCCGCCUGCUCACACAGCUGAUGCGUCAGCCGCUGGACGCCGCGCUCGAACGGCAAUUCAUCCAGUUUCUGGAGAAGAACGCGGACCGUGAGUGUGCCGAGCUGCUGCACGUGUUCUAUCUACAGCGGGGCCGGUACCGGGAGGCGGGCGACCUGCAGCGGAGACUGGCGGCCGCCGCUGCGCCCCCUGCCCCGGCGCGGGCCGAGUUUCGGCAGUCGCUCCAUCAGCUGCUGCCGACGCUGAUCCACCGCCGCGACGGCUCUCCGUCGGCUGGAGUUCCCCGUCACGGCACCGUCGCCAGUCGCCGCCGCCCGCUCUCGGCACAGCUACACCAGGUGCCGGCCGACGUCCGCUCGCGCGCCAUCCUCAUCCAGGAGGUACUCGAACAGAACGGCAAGAAACCAGCGACUCCGGCGGUCGCCGCCACGCCAUUCCGUCCUCGCCACAAGCGGAAACUGCCGGAAGAUGAUGACGUAUUCGACAGUCCGGCAGCCGGCCAGCGACGUCCGCUGCGGCCCGACGUGCGGCGUCUGCUGCAGACACCGCCUGUGCGCCGGGCGCCGCGCCGCUCCGAUAUUGAGCCCGGCACGCCCCAGAUGACCACUCCAGCCGCCACCAGGACGCCGCAGUCAAUUCUCAAGGUGCGCCGCUACUUGGAAUCGAGCGGCGCCUCGCGCACUGAGGACACGCCAUCCAAGCAGCUGCGGUUUGGCAUGCUGCGCGGCCGCCGCUCGCUGGAGGAGAGCCGUGCUGAUCAUACUCCCCCGCCGCUGGCCACUCUUUUCACCCCUGGGAAGACGCCGGCUCCUCUGCGUGCUCCGGUCCUCUCGUCCGCGUCCCCGGUGGCUCCCGAGCACUCUCAGACUCCGUCGACUCCCGCGCCGGUCCGACUGGCGUCUCUGUUCACACCUGGGAAGACGCCGGCACCGCUAGCGCCGCGCAUCAGCCGUCUGCCCGAGCCGCGGAUCGCUAUGGCUGAAGUAUUGACUGCCGCCGAGCGAAAACCGCCGACACCCGAGCCAGCCUCACCGCCGAGCAAACGUCAGUCGCUGGCUAGUGAGCUAGACGACAGUGAGUUCUACAGUUUCGAGGCGAGCCCGACGGUAGCUGAGCAGACGCUCGAGUUCUUUGGCCGCGAGCGCCAGCUGCAGCUGGUAGAGCGCUCCUGGCAUGACGAGAGUGACGUGGUGACGAUGGGUGGCGACGUGUCGCGCAGAUCACAUACUGGUGACGACGACGAAACGAUGAGCGAGGGCUCUCCGGCGCAUGAGGAUGAAGUUGGACAGCGGCACUCGACUCCACAGCAGGAGCUGCAGCGGCGUACCGUCGGCGACCAGGAGCACGAAGAAGCCGUCGAUCCGCGGGCAGAGCUUCAUCUGGUGACCCCUAGUCCGCGCCGAGAGCUGCACCGGUCAGCCCGGGCAGCCGUCUGUGAUACUGAAGAGCUUGGUGACAGGUCGGGCGUGCGCGAAGAGCGUAGCGAGGUCAGUGCUGUGAUUCGUACUGAGGUGUCUCCCGUGAGCGCACGAGCGACCGAGCCGACCGCACUGUUGGAGAAAAGCGAACAGAAUCAAAUCGUGUCCGAGGAAGAUCAGAAAUCAGUGGCUUCAGAGAAUGAAUCGGAGGCUGCUGCGCCUGAAGAAGAACCAGCCAUGUCAGAAAAGGAUGAGGGUGAGCCCGUCACUCCGUCCGAGGACAAUAAGACACCCGCUGCGUCAUCACAGAAGAGCGAGCGGCGUGAGUCCAACUCGUCUGGAGAGUUUAGCCCACUGAUCGGUAACAAGUUCACCAGUCUGGCGGCGCUGGCUGAUGCCGAGCCGGCGGAGGGUGGUCUGGAAGCGCUGGAAGCCCAGAUUUUGACGGGAGCUGACAACAGCCCUCAGCGGGCGAAGCCGUCCCCUGAGAAGUCGCCGGAGAAGAUCUCCGCCGGCGCGGCCGGUGAAGAGCCUCUGGUUGUGAAGAGGACUGCCUGGGUCACUGGAGAGGAGAGUGAGACGCAGGAUCGCACCCUGAGCUCGCUCGAGGCGCAGAUUCUGACGGGACCCGGCGCGGUCUCUGCUGGGAAGGAGACUGCAGGGCGGGAGUCGCCAGCGCCGGAGGUGACGUCAGGAGCAGAGCCGUUAGCUGUGAGGGAGGCCGCCUGGGUGACCGGUACUCCAGAGAGUGACUUGUUGGACCGCAGGCUGGCUGAGCUGGAGGCUCAGGUGGUAUCGGGUGGUGAUCAGGUCAACACUGGAAGCACCGAGUCCCACCGCCGCUCCAUACCGGACGAACAGUCUGCAGUCGAGCGACGGACGGCCUGGGUGACCGGCGUCCCGGACGACGACGAGGAGACAUCACCGAUGUCGGAAAGUUACUUGGCACCGCCGGCUGGCUUGCAGGAAGCUCUGCAGAGGAUCGACCAGGCUCUCCAACUGCCUGAUCUGUCUACGACGAUCGGGCCAACGGCCAUCACCUCUGGUGUGCUUUCAAACAGCUCGGAGGCGGUGUCCAGUAUGACUCUUCGACUCGAGUCGGACAGUGAGGACGAGCAGGAGCCGCCGCAGUUCGCCGGCUUCACCUCGCUGCAGCAGGGGCCGGCCGAGCCGGCGGCGCCCAGUCCGCCGCGCUCGCCACCUGCCGACCGUCUGACUCGCUCGUCUCUGCUGCGUCGGCCCAGUCCGGCGGCCGGGUCGCCUCUGCUGACCCCACGGCGCAGUCUCCGACGGCGGGCCGGCUCCGGGGCCGCCGAACAGAUCACCGAGAAGACAACCGAGACAGACGUGGAGACCCAGGCGGCUGUAGAGACCACGAAGGCAGUCGUAGAGUCCACGGAGACUAUCGUCAAAACCACGGAGAUGGCUGUUGAAGCCACGGAGGAGAGGACUGUUGAAACCACGGAGAAGAUAACCGUCGAAACCACCGAAUCAGCUGUCGACUCAACUAACACAGCCGUUGAGACUGCAAAGACAAGGGUGGUGACCUCGGAGACAGUUGAAACCACGGAGACAGUCACCGAGCCCACAGAGGCAGCCGUUGAAAUUGCAGAGACAACCGCGAUGGUGACCACGAAAACAGUUGAGACAGCGGAGACAGUUGAAACAAUGGAGACUACUGUUGAAACUGUGGAGACGGCCGACGACGCCACGGAGACUGCUGCUGAGUCCACAGAGGAAGCCGUCGAGUCCACAGAGGCAGCCGUCGAGACAACCGCGGUGGUGGCCACGACAGUUGAAACAACAGAGACAGUUGUGGAAACUGUAGAGACAGUCGUUGAAGCCAUGGAGACGGCUAUUGAGUCCACAACAACAGCCGUUGAGACCAAGGAGGCGGCCAUCGAAACCACAGAGGCAGCCGUCAAAUCCAAGGAGACAGAGUCCACAGAGGCAGCCGUUGAGCCUGCAGCAGAAGUGGACGGAGCUGGGUCGGAGCCGGUGGUGCCUGCCGCCGCUGCGGGGACGCCGUCCUCUCAGGAGGUCGGUUCAGCGGAGGAGGACACGACGCCCUCACCAAAAACUCGGCGAGCGAUACCGUCGCCGAAGAAAGAGAAAGCCGUCACAAGAUCUCCGGAGAAGGCAGGACAGUCCACGUCGCCCGUUGUCAAGAUCACCACGCCAACCUCAUCUCCACCAACGAGGCAGGCGGCGGCGGCGGCUGCGCGCGCCGAAGUGUCGUCGCUCUCUCCAGUGGCUGAGGAGCACCCCUCGGAGGCUCCUCCAUCGCCGCCGACAGACUCGGCCGCUGCUCUGACCACCCCGUCCAGAGCGCGGCGCAGCGUUCGCCGCAGCGUUGGCGGUGUGACUCCCCGCUCCCGGCUCAGUCUUCUGGCGGCCGUGGAUCCUCUCUCACCUGUACCUGAAGGGCGCAGUGUCGGAGCUGCGAGCGGCGAGCCCGCUGAGCCGGACACUGCCGCUGCCACAGAGGAGCAGGAAGGCGAAACUGAGGAGCCUCUGCCGGAGCCGACCUCCACGCGUAAGAGCGCUCGCCGGAGCGCCUCUGCGGAGCCAGAGCAGGCACCAACCUCCAUGCGAAAGAGCUCCCGCCGCAGCGCCUCGGCAGAGCCGGAGCAAGCGCCGACAUCCGCAAGGAAGAGCUCUCGGUCGCGGGCGGGCUCGGUGGGUCCGGCCACGCCUCUCCGACGCAGCGCGCGGACCCGCAGCGUCUCGCAGGAGCCCGAGGAGGCGGGCGCAGAGACGGACUCGCUGCGGGGAGGCUCGGUCGAGCCUGGGUCACCGGUCUCCACACCAUCCAGACGGCUGAGGACCCGACAGGUGUCAGAGGAGCCCGAGCAGGCCACCGCUCCCGCGACCUCGAGAGGCAGGAGAACGAGAAAGGCUUCUCAGUCGGAACAUGGCGAUGACUCGGUGUUUGAAGAUACCACUAAGAAGGGAGCGGCAACCAGAGAUGGCUCCGAAGAGCCCAAAGAUAAGGCGGGCCCCGAUACCACCGUCAAAACGAGGCGUGCCAGAAAAGUUUCUGAGGAACCAGAAGAGCCGACUGCCCAGAGCACAGCUCAGAAAACAAGACGUACAAGAAAAGCCUCUGAAGAGCCGGAAGAACAAUCAGUGUUGGAUACAGCAAAGAAGACCAGACGUACCAGAAAAACUUCUGAGGAGCCAGAAGAAGCAUCAGUUCUGGACACAGCAAAGAAGACCAGACGCACUAGAAAAGCUUCUGAGGAGCCAGAAGAAGCAUCGGUUCUUGACACAGCAAAGAAGACUAGACGCACCAGAAAAGCUUCUGAGGAGCCAGAAGAAACAUCAGUUCUGGAUACAGCAAAGAAGACCAGACGUACCAGAAAAGCUUCUGAGGGGCCAGAAGAACCAUCAGUUCUGGACACAGCAAAGAAGACCAGACGUACUAGAAAAGCUUCUGAGGAACCAGAGGAACCAUCAGUGUUGGAUACAGCUAAGAAGACCAGACGCAGUAGGAAGACCUCCGAGAGCCAGGGAGAGCAGACGGCCGCAGACACCACACAGAGCGGAAGGCGAACGAGGAAGGUUUCUGAGAGCACGGCCGCUGAGGAGCCCACUCCGGCGAGAGCCACACGGACCAGGAAGAUGUCUGAAUCCUCUGAAGCCGAUGUGCCUGUUCCUCCCUCUGCGAGCAAACGCACCAGAAAACAGUCUCAGGCGAGUGAAUCGUCGGAGGCUGGCGGUAGCCCCGAGCGGGCGUCCAAGGCGCGCCGACUGCGGGGUUCCUCAGAGGACGUGGAGGAUGAUGAGGACGACGGCAUGGCGCCGCCGGCCUCCCCGGCGCGCAGCACCCGCGCGCGCAGUCUGUCCGUCCAGCCGUCCUCGCCGGCUCGGCUGCCGACACGGGCGGUCUCGGAGCAGCCGCCCGAGACGCGCGUCACCGCCUCUGGGCGCAAACGGCGGCCGGCCAAGGGCUCGGAACCCGCCACACCACCCACCGCGGCGAAAACAGGCCGCGGAACGAAGAAGAGCAGGGCGGCGGCGGCGGCUGACGAGGACGAGGACCCGCCGUCGGACGGAGAGCAGUCGCCGCCUGUGCGCCGCGCGGUCGGCCGCCGCAGUCAGGCGGGUGCCACCGCGCGCCGCUCGGCGCUGCCGGCUAUCGCUGAGGCGGCGGCCGAGGCGAUGCCGCCGCCGGCGGGCGCGGCUGCCGGCCGUCGGCGGCGGCGCCGCACGACGCGCCUGCCCUCGGAGCCGCAGGAGGCCGGCAGUCCGCUGGUACUGGUCACGGAGGAGCAGCUGGAGGAGAUCCAGCGCCGCUCGGAGGACUCGCCGGAGCAGGAGCCGCUGCCGCGCGACCGCCGGGCCUCCAUCGCGCGCACCCGCCAGCGCACUGGCCCCCGCCGCUCGGUGCGGCUCUGGUAGUCACCUGGGAGCGACUGGGGCGCAAUCUGCGGCGUACCGUCAGUGAUGUUCGACUGUGACCGGCUGUGGUCGGUCAGCUGCUCAGCGUGUUCAUGUAUGAAUGUGUGGGGUACUCGGAACGUGGGGGGAGGGGGUGGGGGGACUGUCAAUUGUUCAGUGGCCACCACGGGUCACGCUUGUAUGUGUCAAACGUAUUUUGGAUAACGACCGUCUCGCUGUCCAUGCCAUCGUCGCUGGGCAGUCGUUCCGAACGUCUCGCCUGUCCCGUGCCCGGCCCGUCGCGCUUGGCUUUCUCAGCGCAGGGAACGAACGUUUCAGUUGACAGCGGUGUGUGCUCGGUUUUGCGGUCGUUUUGCGUCGGCUUUGUACGCGAUCCGAGCUCAGAUACAAUGAUGUACGGUGUGAUUUGGGGAUAGAUUCAGGGGCGUUGGGCGGUCAGUGCCGGUAGGGGAGCCGCGCGAGGCUGUCGUUCUCAGCGCUGUCACCGGCUGCAUCCGCGUCGUCCGACGACGUUUGAACCGUAUCAUGAAUAGCGAAAUGUUCAGUGGCUCGCAGUGCUGUCCGUCUCUGUUAAACGAUUUGUCACCGACGCCAAAACUUGUCAGUGAAUGUGUUUAAGUUGAGUUACUACAAUAAACGUGAGGAGCGCC